CUAGUCUCCUCCUUCCCAAAAACCCUCAAAACCCUAACCCUAUAAAUUUUCAUUUCCAGCUUUAAACCCUUUUGCUCCGAUAGCCUCCUUCAAACCCACAAAAACCCUAAAAAGCACAAAACUUUCUUGUUCAGAGUCAGAUAAACGCCAUGUCUGACGUUGAAAUUUCUCGCUCAGAGAAGAAAAAACACAAGAAAAAGAGCACCACUCAAGUAGAAGAACCCGACAAACACUCAAAUGAUGCCGCCGCCGAUAACACCGGAGACUUCAUGAUUAAACCCCAGAGCUUCACGCCGGCAAUCGACACUUCUCAAUGGCCAAUCCUCUUGAAAAACUACGAUCGCCUUAAUGUCCGUACAGGUCAUUACACUCCACUUCCUUCUGGUUAUUCUCCUCUAAAGCGUCCUUUAGCAGAGUACAUUCGUUAUGGAGUUAUUAAUCUUGAUAAGCCAGCAAACCCAUCUUCUCAUGAAGUUGUUGCGUGGAUUAAAAGGAUUUUGAGAGUGGAGAAAACAGGGCAUAGCGGCACACUAGACCCUAAAGUUACAGGUAAUUUGAUUGUUUGUAUUGAUAGAGCUACUCGUCUUGUUAAAUCUCAACAAGGAGCUGGUAAAGAAUAUGUUUGUAUAGCAAGAUUGCAUGACAAGGUUCCUGAUGUUGCUAAAGUAGCUAGAGCACUUGAAACAUUAACUGGUGCAGUUUUUCAAAGGCCGCCACUUAUUUCUGCUGUUAAAAGGCAGCUUAGGAUUAGAACUAUAUAUGAAAGUAAGUUAUUGGAGUACGACCCAGAUAGGCAUUUGGUUGUUUUUUGGAUUUCUUGUGAGGCUGGAACUUAUGUUAGGACUAUGUGCGUGCAUUUGGGUUUAAUUCUUGGUGUUGGUGGGCAUAUGCAGGAGUUGAGGAGAGUUAGGUCUGGGAUUUUGGGAGAGAGAGAUAAUAUGGUUACUAUGCAUGAUGUUAUGGAUGCUCAAUGGGUUUAUGAUAAUUAUAGAGAUGAGAGUUACUUGAGGAGAGUUAUUAUGCCACUUGAAGUGCUUUUGACUAGUUACAAGAGAUUGGUGGUGAAAGAUUCUGCUGUUAAUGCUAUUUGUUAUGGUGCCAAGCUGAUGAUUCCCGGUUUGUUGAGGUUUGAGAAUGACAUCGAGGUUGGUGAGGAAGUUGUUCUAAUGACUACAAAGGGUGAGGCAAUUGCUUUGGGAAUUGCAGAGAUGACUACUGCUGUUAUGGCUACUUGUGAUCAUGGUGUUGUGGCUAAGAUCAAGAGGGUUGUGAUGGAUCGAGAUACUUACCCAAGGAAAUGGGGUUUGGGACCGAGGGCUUCGAUGAAGAAGAAGUUGAUUUCCGAGGGGAAAUUGGAUAAGCAUGGCAAGCCAAAUGAUAGUACCCCUCAAGAGUGGAUGAGGAAUUUGGUUUUGCCUACUGGAGGAGAUUCUAUAGUUGCUAGCCUUGCAGCUGCAAAUGAGCCAGCAAAGGAUGUUGCCGCAGAGAAGAAAGAGAGUGUAGAAGUGGAGAUGGAGAAGGAGAAGAAAAAGAAGAAGAAGAGCAAGGAUGGUGAAGAUGGGGAAGGGCGCAAGCGCAAGCUGGAUGAAGGCACUGACAGUCCAGGUGUUCAAGUUCCCGCUAAGAAAGUUAAAGUUGAACAAGUUGAAGAGAAAGAGGCAGUUGAGUUGAAGAAGGUUAAGGGAGAUGCUGUUCAGGAGAGCAAAGAUGAGAAGAAAGAGAAAAAGAAGAAGAAAAAGAAGAGUAAAGAAGCCGGUGAUGCAGAAGCUUUAGGGGAAAGAGAUACUGAGAAGGUGAAGCAAAAGGAACAGAAUGAUACAGGUGAAGCUGUAUUAUCUGAUGCAGAAAAGACCGAGAAGAAAAAGAAGAAGAAGAAAGACAAAGAAGCUGAGGAGGCAGCAAUAGUUGAUGAUGGAAGAACUAAUGGUGAGGCAGAUAGAAGUGAGAAGAAGAAGAAGAAGAAAAAGAAGGAUAAAGAUGCAGAAGAAGUGUAGAACUUAAUUCAGAGCAUUUUUGUUUUGAGUGGUAAUUUCUAAAUGUGUGCUUUUUAUGUUGUCUGCAAUUAUUAGCAGUUUUUGUAAUCUUUUAAUGCAGUUUUCGCAGAAUUAAUCUCCAUGGCGACUUUGUUCUGUUCAAUAGAUAGUUUCUUUGCUUGCAA